GUCUCCAACCAAAACUCCAAAACUGAAAAAUAUAAAUAGCAGCCACAACCCCCCAAGUAUCUUUGAUCUGCCACCGCCUCUCCUUCGCCGUGCGUAACCCAUAUCUACUCGCCGGCAGUACCUUUUCCUUAUGAAUAAAAAAAACCAUUCUUGAAACAAUUUCAUAUACUCAUAUCCGUUCUUCGAUCGACAUUGUCAACGGCAGUCAAAACAGUGACAAAGGUAAACGGUUUCGUUUCAAGCAGUCGAAGAAGUUCUAGGGUAAGAAAGAAUGGAAAGAUUUCUGAAAAGAAAAUUAUCCAUAUCCGAAUCUGAUAGUGAUGGCGAUGAAUGUGAAGAUCUAAUGAGUCAAGAUCAAUCUUUAGCCAAUGCUGAUGAUUUAAAGAACGAUCCUCUACUUCUAUUAAAGGUUUCAAUUUCAGCUGCUAGAUAUUUGUUGAAAUGUGAAAUACCUUUUCAUGUGGCUGAUGAGUCCGAAAUGUCUUUUCAAAGUGGAAUGUUCUUGGAAACAGUGAAACUUAUCCGAGAUACAUGUGAAAAUGUUCGUGAAGCAUCAUUGCAAAAUCCUGAAGAGAGUAAUCGAGUGGAGACUCUAAGUAUGCAAAAAGAUAUUGUUACUUGUUAUGCCCAAGAAAUACUCAAACCCAUUCUUGAAGAAAUUGGUGAUGAUGUGUUUACCUUGAUAGUUGAUGAUUAUAGUGACAUGUCUAACGAGAAACUAAUGUCUGUGGUUUUACGAUAUGUUACAUGUGGAAUUGUAAAAGAAAGAUUCAUUGGUCUUAUUCAUAUGGAGGAGACAUCUGCUUUAUUUCUUAAUUCCGCCAUUGAAUCUUUAUUUGCCGAAUAUGGAUUGAGUUUGAAAAAGGUUAGAGGCGUAGGUUAUGAUGGAGCAAGCAAUAUGCGUAAUGUGUUUAGAGAUUUGAAAGCUUUAAUAAUGAAAGAAAAUGACUCUGUGUAUUAUGUUCAUUGUUUUGCAUACCAACUUCAGUUAGUUGUUGUAGCAGUUGCACAAGAACACUAUGGUUCUAGAGUUUUAUUUGACAUGAUACCCAUUAUGAAGGAAGUGGUUGGUGCUUCUUGUAGUCGAAAAAAUUUAGAAAGAGAAAGCCAAAAAGAGAAAUUGCAUGAAGCCAUAGGGUAUAAAGAAAUUGAAAUCGAAAGUGAGUUGGAUGAAGAUUUUCCUAUUUUAAAAGUUGUUGAUGCAUGCGGGGGUUCUCAUUACACAACACUUUCGCGUUUGGUUGAUUUGUUUUCAUAUGUUUUUGAUGUGCUUGAAUAUAUUGAAGUGGAAGGGAGAAAUAAUCAUAGUCGAUAUCAAGCAUAUAGUCUUCUAGCAUAUAUCGACUCGUUCGAUUUUAUGUUUUAUUUGCACUUGAUGUUGAAUAUUUUGGGGAUCAUAGAUCCAUUGUCACAAGCUCUUGAGAAAAAAGAUCAAGAUAUCUUGAAUACAAUUUCAUUGGUGAAAUCAACUAUUCGAAAGCUGCAAGAAUUUAGAGUUGAUGGGUUCGAUUUACUUUUGAAGGAGAUAUCUUCUUUUUUUGAAAAACAUGAUAUGGAAAUGUUGAAUAUGGAGGAAGAUUAUGUCAUCCGAAGACAAAAGAUAAAUAUCACCCUUCGGCAACAUUAUGAGUUCAAUUGUUUUAACAUAGUUGUGGACAUGCAAAUUCAAGCGCUUCAUGAUCGUUUCAAUGAUGCAAGUUGUGAAUUGCUUACUUGUAUUUCCACAUUGAAUCCAUGUGAAUCGUUUUGUGACUUUGACACAUCAAAGCUAAUGAGAUUAGCCGAGAUGUAUCCGUAUGAUUUUACAUGUGAGGAAAGGGUGACUCUUAAGCUUCAACUUGAUUUGUACAUUGAUAAUGUGCAACAUGAUGAAAGAUUUGCUAACUUGAAUGGUAUAUCUGACCUUGCUAAAAUGAUAGUGGAAACAAGGAAACAUCUUACGUUUCCUUUGGUCUAUCGGUUAUUAAAGCUAGCUUUGGUUUUGCCUGUUGCAACCCCAUCAGUUGAAAGAUGUGUAUCUGCAAAGGAGACUGUGAAGUCGUAUUUGAGUAAUCAAAUUUGUGAUGAUUUUGUGAGAACUUGUGUGAUUCCUGUUGUAGAAAAAAAAGCACUUUGCAAUGUCACGAAUGAAGAUGUAAUAAAUCGGUUGCAGAAGAUGGAAACUCAUGGAGAACAAUUGUAGAAUGUGGUGAUGUUCGGGGAGAAGAAUGGAUCUCCUGGUGCUGAGUUUAUCAAGGGAUGAUAUUUGGUCAUGGGUUGCUGUCAAAGUCCCUGCAGCAAUUUUUUUUUGUUAAAUAUUUUGUGGUAUUUUCAAGCUUUUGAACUAUAUUCUCUUAAUAUAUUUUGAUCGAUCUAUGCUACUUGUGGACAAAAAAUGUUUAGCAGUUGUUUCAAGUUUAAUUGUGCAAUGAAUCGACUUUAUAUUAGCCUCUGCGCUGAAAGAAACGGUAAAUAGAAAAAAAGAAAUAUAUUUGAUUUUA